CCUCACAGUUCAUCGAGAGGAGAGAGAAACUAGAGAGAGAGAGGGGAAGAGCUUGUUACAAAGGGGGGAAACGAAGAACAAACCCUAGGAGAGAGAAAGCUUGCUCCGAUUUCAUUCUCACAAACCUUGUAGCCUUUUCGUUUCGAGAUCUCCAUUCUUCAUUUCAGAGGGAUUGGUUGUGCUUAGGCCAUGGCAAAUUCCAAGGGGUCAUCAAACGUGAGAAAUUGGAUGUACUCCGGUAAGCAUGCUCUGCUUCCUCCUAAAAGUCCAUUUCCUAGUGUUUCCCCACCGUAUGCCGAUUUUGUCCCAAAUCCUGCAAUUGGAUCCAAAGUUGUUCAGAAGCCUAGAGCGGGAAAUGCACACCACCAGCGAACUUCCUCUGAGAGCUUUCUCAUAGAGGAGCAACCUUCUUGGCUUGAUGAUCUCCUUAACGAACCGGAAACACCUGUACGCAGAGGAGGUCAUAGGCGCUCAUCGAGUGAUUCCUUUGCUUAUAUAGAUGUAGGAAAUGUUUCUAACUUAGAUUACACAGCUCAGGAUGAGUACAUAUGUAAAACUUUGAUUUCUGCGUCUUCUUGGGGAUCUCAAGACUUUGAUCAGCACAAAGAUGUGCAGCACACUUCAUUCUAUGCAGACACCAACCUGGCAAAGCAGAAGAAUAGGGCAUGGGAAUCAUCUUUAAAUGCUGUGACUAACCCAAGCAGCCGUCCUGUCAGGGAUAGUACUGUUCAUCAGAGUUCAGGAUCAUCAUGUUCACCACAAGAAACUGAUGUGGUUCCAUCUACAGUAAGAGAAAAGCAGGAUCAAGUUGAAACCAGUCCACAAGAGCCCAAAGCUUCUUCUGAAAGAAGGGAUGGCUCUCAUGCUAAGCCUUCUGCUUCUGAGACGGAUACGAAACGGGCUAAACAGCAAUUCGCUCAACGUUCACGGGUGCGGAAGCUUCAAUAUAUAGCUGAGUUAGAAAGGAAUGUACAAGUUUUACAGGUAGAAGGGUCUGAAGUUUCAGCUGAACUUGAAUUUCUCAACCAGCAGAAUCUUAUUCUCAGCAUGGAAAACAAAGCCCUUAAGCAACGUUUAGAAAAUUUAGCUCAGGAGCAGCUUAUCAAAUACUUGGAGCAAGAAGUAUUGGAGAGGGAGAUUGGGAGGCUACGAGCCGUGUAUCAGCAACAGCAACAGCAGCCAUCUUCUAGCCAUCGACGCACUAACAGCAGAGACCUAGAUUCCCAAUUGGCUAACCUCUCUUUGAAACACAAGGAUGCCAAUUCAGGCCGUGACCCAGUGACUGGUCCACUUCGCAUUUAGAUCUGUGAUCUGUCCAGAGCUGUGUUUUCUGUGCCUUCAUUUCAUCAAUAGGCACUGCCAUGUCUGUAACCAAAUUUGUUUUUCCCCAUGUACGCGAUAAAGCCGAGCACCUCCGGUCUUGGUGCCCUCUUGCCAGCUUUGUGCAUUUUGAUUUGUAGCCAUUUCAUUCCCAUUUCUGUUUAUUAAGUUGAUAUCUUCAUGUGCACCUGGUAGUCGUUGCUGGAAAAUUAUUCGAUUUCUAGCAGGUGACUUAUCGGAGGUGGUAACUCAAAACAGAUUCGAGGUAUCGGUCCGCCCCGUCCUGUAUGCUGCAGAGAAAUAAUCAAUCCAUUAAAGUUGUUGUAUGCUCCAUAUUUUUUUGCCCAUUUAACUGUUGCAGAAUUCACCCUAGUGCAAACAUCUUUAGGACUGGAUGUGCAUUACUUGUAACGCAGUAGGGUAAAGAUAAUGUUUACUUGUAAAAUGCUUCUAAUGAAAUCCAUGGUUGUUGUUUUUGGGUUUUA